CCAGUACCAAUCGAAAAAAACCAAGUGAGACAAUGUACGUUAAUAUACCAAAGUUUCUCAAGAUUGAUAAGCCUAUAUAUAAUAGUUAUCGGGAAUCACUUCGUCUAAUGAUAACGGCUAAAUAUGAAAAGAACGUGCCUGAGUUUCGACAAAUACCUGAGAGCGAAAAAAGUGGAAUUAUUAAAAGAUUUAAACGCAAAAAUCCAACGUUUCCCCUUACAAUUUGUGACUGGGCUAUUAGGCGAAUGAUGCAAGGGAUAAUUAAUAAUAAACGUGAUAUUGAAAAGCGUAAAAUGAAUAGCCAUUCAUCUCACAAUAGCAAAAAAACGAAGAAAGACCUUCCUAUCGGAACACGUGAGACCAUCGAAGAGUUUGUAUCCAGCCUUGGAAUGAGUACCAUCGAUCACAAUCAACCUUUAGAAGUUACCAGAACUUCAAGUCCAGUAAAUAACGCAAAAAUAACUACCGAUACUAGUACCUCUCAUGCUCCAUUAACUACUCUUCAACAGCAAAAUAACAGCGACAUCCCAGAUAUUAGUUCUACCACUGAAGUAUCGAAAAUACCAAGUAAAAAAUCUCGAGCCUCUGGUCGCACAUUACGUAGUCAUGCUUCCAGUAGCAUUCAUGCUAGCGCUCAAAGUAACGAUCCCGUUAAUGAAAUUGCUGAUGCCGUGAACUCGAAAAAAACUAUUAAAAGCCGUUCUUUGAAA